GGAACAGGAGAGAGUGGCGUGAGACGGGAGUCACAGACGGCCAGGGUGAAGAUCUACGUCUGAUCCGUUAACGGAGAAACACCGAGACUCACCGGAAACACGCAGCGACGACGAAUCACCGGCUUCCGGUACGGAGAGCCUCCACACCAGAAGAAGAACCGAACCACGUGUUUAGAGAACGUUUCAUGACGUCAUAACACAUUAACUCCUGAUGACGACGAAGAAGAGUUAAACAGACAGACAUGUCGGUGCAGGUGUGGUGCCUGUCGUUCCGCCAGCCGUACGCCGGUCUGGUCCUGGACGGGCUGAAAACGGUGGAGAGCCGCUGGAGGCCCCUGCUUGCCCCUCUGGAGAACCAGACCCUGGCGGUCCACAUCGCCCGGCGGGACUGGGAGGAAGAGGAGGACUGGAUGGCGGUGCUGAGUGGCCCGCUGGGGAUGAACCGGGGUCAGAUCCGAGCGCUCCUGGAGUCCGGAGAGAGGUUCGGCCGCGGCGUGGUGGCAGGAUUGGUGGAUGUGGGCGGGACCUGGUCGUGCCCCGCCUCCCUGCAGGGGGAGGAGCUACAGAACCUGGAGCAGUCGGCUGUUCUGAUUGGUCUGCAGGAGAAACACCUGACUUACCUGUCCAACCCCCGCUGGCUCAAGGAGCCGCUGAGGACCCGGGGGGGUCGCGACCUCUGGACUGUGGAGAUCCCCGCUGAGCUGUUACCAUGACACACAC